GAAAAUUGGUCUUUUCGCAGUUAUGGACUCUGGUGAACUGCGGUAUACAUAUAAAGGUUAUCCUUUCGCUGCGCAAAGCGUAACAAAACUUUUCAAAUGAUUUUAAAUUUCCUGUAGUAUAGAACAAAAGGAAUAUGAAAACAGCUCGGCAAAAGAAAGCAAGAAGAAAUUUAGGCUUUUUCAUUAACAAUUUCAAGUUUAGACCACCGUUUCAAGUUCUUAUUGAUGGGACAUUUGCGUUUGCUGCUCUGGAGAAUAAAUUUAACAUACAAGACCAGUUAUCAAAGUAUUUUCAAUCUGAAAUGAAACUAUUAACUACACCAUGUAUCAUUUUGGAAACAGAGAAGCUAGGCUCCUUUUCAAAGGCAGUUAGCGGUGCUAUGCAGAUAGUGAAACAAUAUCCAAUACAUAAAUGUGGACAUGAAAAAAAUCCAAUAACUGGUAUAAAAUGUUUACAAACAAUGGUUAAAAGAAAUAAUGAAUCUAGGUACAUUGUAGCUACUCAAGAUAGAGAACUCCAAGAUAUUUUAAGAAAAGUUCCAGGUGUUCCCAUACUAUAUCUACAUGGUAAAGCACCAACUUUAGAAGCACCUUCACAAGCAAAUCGUGAAUAUGCAGAAAAUAGUCAUAAAGAGUUAGGAAUGACUGCGUGGGAGAAACAAAAUAUGAAAACAUUAAAAGAAGCAGCUGGUAUGACAGAACAAACAGAAAUAAGAUUAAAGAAGAAAAAGAGGAAAGGUGGGCCAAAUCCACUUAGUUGUUUAAAGAAGAAAAAGAAACCACAGACAGAGACUGUGAAAAACAUUACAGCAAAAAAAUCUAAUAAAGUUCAGAAAAGAAAGAAAAAGAAAAUAGCACCACAUAUUAAAGAAGUAUUAGUAGCUGAAAUAAAAAAAUAAGCAAAUUGAAAAACAUAUAUGUUAUCAUAAUUAACAUAUAUGUUUUAAAAAUCUUUGUAUAUAAACCAAAUAUUGA